AUGAUCAAAUGGGACGGUCCAAAGGUCGACACCAAUUCCGUUCGUGAGCAUACCCCUGUCGACGAUUAUGACCGAGGGUACGGAUACAAGUACCGUAACUGCCACGGUGAAGUCGUCCCAACCAAGCCCGCCAACGGAACCGCUCUACUUGAGUUCCAGAUCCCCCAGCAAGUGGCACGUUAUGCUUCUUUCAUGUUCUCUUUCCUCGGCCGCGGCAUCUUCUACAUCUUCAUCGGCUCGGUUAUCGUGGGUGAGCGCUGGUUCCGCAUCGUACCAGGCACCAUUGUCGGCAUAAUCGGUGUAGGUUACGCUGCUCUGGAGUUCAUUCCUUCCAUUGAGCCCCCAGCGAACAUGCGCGACGCUGACGCUGGCUGGGGCGCUGAGCAAGUCUAA